CGGUGAGUCUGGGGGUAUGACAUCGAUGUUUCUCAUUCGAGGGAAUACGAUGUCGUCGUUAAUCCCGGUAGUACGGUGAAUUUCAACUAUUCAACCAUAACUUAUAUCAGGAUUCACUUGAACCGAUGCAAAUAAUCUAAAAUAUAUCUACUUCUCACUAUAAGUUGUGUCAUUCCAGUGCAAAAUAAGCAGCAAUUGUUGGUGUGACCAACCACCUCGCAUAAGAGAUAUCAUCUCAUCGUUUCUAUUAAAUCGUACUAUUUCUCACGAAGCUCUUCAUCUAAUCCAUGUACUCCUCAUUAAGUCGCAUAUAAAAACAACACGAAAUGGGUGAUAUAAAAACUAUCGAGGGUACCUUCGACGUCGACGGCGCAAGCCUCUUCACCAAGUCCUGGCUCCCAGAAGGUCCCCUAAAAGCUAAACUCGUCUUAAUUCACGGGUUCAGCGACCAUGUAGACCGCUACUACGAUUUCUUCCCCACACUAGCCCGUCGCGGCGUCGCCGUCUUAGCCUUCGACCAGCGCGGCUGGGGCCGCAGCGUGAAAAAGACGUCGGACCGUGGGCGCACGGGUCCAACAUCCACGGUGCUCGCCGACAUUGCAGCUUUCAUCCGAGCGAAAGCGCUACCAGGAGACGACGUACCGAUUUUCGUUCUCGGACAUUCUAUGGGCGGCGGUGAAGCCUUAACGUUAGCUAGUACACCGCAAUACGAUGACCUAAUUGUUAAAAUCCGAGGUUGGAUCCUCGAGGCCCCGUUCCUGGGUUUCGCACCCGCGGUACAACCGAGUAGACUUACAGUCGCCAGCGGCCGUCUCGCCGCCCGCGUGGUCCCGCAUUUUCACCUCUACCGCCCGGUGCCGCCGGAACACGUAUGUCGGGACCCGGAGGUGCAGAGGAGCAUCGCGGCGGACCCGUUGCUGCACGACACGGGUACCUUGGAAGGAUUAGCCGAUAUGAUCAGCCGCGCGGAGAAUCUUUCCGCGGGGAUCGUUACGCCCAGGCCGGGAGUCAGGUCCUUAUUUCUAGCACACGGGACCGCGGAUAUGGUGGCUAGCUAUGGAAGUGUGGAGGCGUGGUGGGAGAACCAAGGGAAGAAGUUAAAGGACGGCACGUUUAGGCCGUAUGACGGGUUUGCGCACCAGUUGCAUGCGGAUCCCGGGAAGGAGGAAUAUUAUCGGGAUGUGGGGGAUUGGAUACUGGAGAGGUGUGGUGGUGAUGGUAAUGAGAUGGUGGGAAAGACGCCCGAGGCUAAAUUGUGAAGUGUGCCGCAAAAGGUUUUCGAGGUAGGGUGGUACACGUUGUGCUAUUUACAUAAGUCUAUGCGAUAUCUAGUUAUGUUUUUGGAUCGUAUGUAUGUAAGAUAAUGUUAUGUGCCGAAAAAGGGUACAAUGGGAAGUUGAAUAUCUGGUUUUCUAGGAUUAUACAUAAUUCACAUGUAACAAUCUGACAGUAUUACGAUUUGCUUAA